GAAAACAAGUAGGGUCAUGCGUUAGGGGUGUGGAGAUCGAUAACGCCCCGGAGCGAUUGCAGAACAAGAGGACAUGCUCGCUUUACUGGAUUAAAAUCUGGCAUGCACUAACAUGCUGAAGUCCUAACAUGGAUCACCACACACACAGCCCUCAUGUGAAAAUCAGCGAGGAGAAAAUCAUCCCAAAGUCUGACCUCCUGACCCUCCUCAGGACCUACAACUGCUACCACGAGGGCAAGAGCUUCCAGCUGCGCUGGAGAGAGGAGAAGAACCAGCUGAUUGUGGAGGGUCUACUCAACAUCUGUUGGGGUCUAAAGCGUCCAAUCAGGCUUCAGAUGUAUGAUGACAACCAGCGAUUCCACUACAACCACUCUACAAUGUGGCCAUCUCACCUCUCCAAUAGGAAUGAGCAGCUCUGCUGCACUACCAUGCCCUCUCUGGAGUCCAACAACAACACUCCUGACCUCACCACAUCAGAGCCUACCUCUGUAGAUGGGUCGGCAGAGGAGGAGGAGAUCCCUCAACUCCUCAGGACGCAGAGUGACGCCAGCUUCAUGUCCAUCCAGCGGCGAACGCAGCUGCGUAGCGCCGAUGACCUGCAGCGCAUACGCAGACACCGCUUCUCCAUCAACGGACACUUCUACAACCACAAGACCUCAGUGUUCACGCCAGCCUAUGGCUCCAUCACCAACGUACGCAUCAAUAGCACCAUGACAACGCAGCAGGUGCUUAAUCUACUUCUCAACAAGUUUCGCGUGGAGAACAAAGCAGAGGAAUUCGCUCUGUACGUGGUGCACGAGUCAGGUGAGAGAACAAAGUUAAAGGAGUCAGAGUUUCCUCUGGUGUGGCGAGUGCUCCACGGCCCUUGUGAGAAAAUUGCCAAGAUGUUCAUCAUGGAAACAGACCUGGGAGAGGAAGUAACGUGUGAUGUGGCACAAUAUAUCCACUUUGAGCUGCCACUCCUAGACAGCUUCGUCAAAAAACUCAAGGAAGAGGAGGAGAGGGAAAUCUCAAAACUUACUAAGAAAUACAGCGCUCUGAAGGCCACAAUCCAGAGACAACUUGAAGAUGCUGUUGAGACAGCACACAACAUGUGAAACACACACACUAUCAAGUGUGUGUGAAAGUAUGAAGAAUAUUUACCAUGAGAAAAGAAAGAAAGAAAGAAAGAAAGAAAGAUAGGUCAAAGCCAAGCUCACUAUAAUAUACUCAGGACUAACUAAGACACAAACACACCCACACACACAAAGAGAGCUAGAAAGAGAGACACUUAAACAUAUCAUUCACUUAUGUACUGCUGAUUUGAACAGAUACUGCACAUAUCAGGUAAGCUAGCAAUUUCAGUCUAGAAGCUCCAGCAUAGCACCACCCAUUUAUAAAGAAUGUUACAUUUCUACUUAUUCAGUCCU